AUCGAAUUUUAAAUGAUUUAAUGAACGCUAAACUUACACGAUUUCUUUGUCACUUUUCCUUCAGCUUGCCUCAGCUGCUUAGCUGUCAAAUGUGAAUUGAAUAUAUUAAUCAAUUAAUUAAAAAUACGUAAGAAACGUACAGAUAAAUAAAAUCAAGAAAAUGCUACGCGGAUACGAGGGCGUGAGGUAUAUCUCGGAUAAACAAAUGGUAGUAUUUGAUAUUGGCAGCGCGUACACGAAAUUUGGCUACGCAGGAGAAGUAUCUCCACGUGGUAUCAUUCGAACGGAAGUAAGAUGCUCAGAAUCAAAGAAGAUACGCAGAAUCAUUGAUUAUAAGGAUGUCGAAGAUCUGUAUCAAUUACUUGUAGACUUUUUCCAUCUAUUGUUUUUUAAAUAUGUUGUAAUAAGUCCCAAAGAUGCAAGGAUAUUGCUUUUGGAGUCUCCAUUGGCAGUGACAUCAUUCAAAGAUACCAUUGCAAAAGUAAUGUUCAGACAUUUUGAAGUUGGUUCUAUACUAUUUCUACCAAGUCACUUGGCAACAAUCAGCACUCUCGGUAUUGACACAGCUUUGGUAUUGGAUGUAGGAUAUCAGGAAGCAACUCUAAUUCCAAUCUUUGAGGGAAUACCAAUACUUAAAGCCUGGCAAGCAUUGCCGUUAGGUGGACAGAUUGUACAUGAGAAUUUAAAAAAAUACUUUCAAAAUACGAGCAAUCUAGAUUUGUCAGAAAAGAUGCUGGAAGAUAUCAAAGUAAGAACAUGUUUUGUAACUACAUUAGAAAGAUCUGCAAAACUAGGAAUGGAAAAUGCUCCAACUUCGCCUCCCGACGUCACGUAUCCUGGUGUUAAAAGAAUUGUAAUACCCGGAGAAAUUAGAGAAAAGGCGUUCGAGAUAUUAUGGGAAAGGGAUAACGACAAUCUUUCUCUGCCUACUAUGAUACUCGAUGCUAUCGCCAAGUGUUCAUUGGACAUAAGGCGGGUGUUGGCCGAAAAUAUAAUACUCGUCGGAGGAACCACUAUGACGAAAGGCUUCUCGAGUCGUCUAAAGUCAGAACUGUUGGCCUUGAUUAAAAGCGAUCUGUACAAAACCAAAUUAAAGAUAGAAUCGUUCAAAUUCCAUACAGCACCUAGUAAACCAAAUUACACAGCAUGGUUAGGUGGUGCUAUUUUUGGAACGACAGAUUUACCAUUGCGAUGUUUAACAAAGGAAGUGUAUUUGAAGACAAAUCGAGUUCCAGAUUGGUCAAAUCUUAUAGAUAAUCAAAAAGAUGAAACUUCUUACGAAAUAUGAAUCGAUGAGCACAUCAUAAGAUUAAUUUAACAAAGCAUUGUAUAAAAAGCAAGCGCUAAAUAACUGUAAUUUAUUAUGUUAAAUAAUUGUAAUUAUUUAUAAAAUGCACAUAUAAUGCAAUUGUAUAUAUAAUUGUAUCAUUAAUAAUGCACUUUUUGUACUUUAUUAAUUAUAAUCGCGUUUUCACAAAAUACUGUUAUAAUUCCAAUUGAUUGAUGAUAUUAAAACAAAUCAAAAUAUA